AAAGCAUUUAUUUUCAUUGUCAUGAGCAGUAGAUGUCAAAAAGAAGAAGUUUGUGCAACAGCUUCUUGACAGUAAAUGAUUCUUUCAGUGCGUCUCCUCAUGUUGAAUUUCACUUUAUUGACAGCACAAAUCCUUUCAUCUGUGCAGCUCCCACAUGAAAAUCCUGUGUCAGCAGUGGUGAAGCCGUGAGAACCUCGGGCAAUAAUUAUACUUCUUGUAAAGUGAAGCCAUGAAAAGUUUUUUUUUUUUUUUUCCUUUCCGGUUAUCUGACACACAGCUGCACCGUAGAUACAGCGUUGGAUUCAAACACCUAAAGAAAUCCUUGAGCCAAUCUGACUUCACUUCAGGCUCCUGUAUCAGUCCCUGUGGAACACAUUAAAUGUAAACCUGUCUAUAUCAUACAAAUAUAUCAUUCUUUUUAAAAGCAACCAGGGAUUAUUAUUGCUGAUAAUCCCUGGUUGCCACUUGGAGCCAUAGAAAAUAGAACCAGUACUUACUUAGAUUAGGAGAGAAACGAUUAUUGAAAUAAUUGUCAACUAAUUUAGUAAUCGAUUGAUUAUUGAUUAAUCACAGACUGUAGUAUAUAGACUCAAAAAUAGGACUGAAAUGAUUAAUUGAAUUAAAUUGAUUAUUGAAAAAAAUAAACAAAUUUAGUAAUCAACUGGUAUACGAUUAAUCAUUAACUGGAGUAUAAAGAAUGAAAAAUACGACUGAAAUGAUUAAUCAAAACUAAUCGUGAUGAAUCUAUCAUUGAAAUAAUCAUCAACUAAUGAUUCAUGAUUAAUCAUUAACUAGAGCGUUGGAGACUCAAGAAUUAACUAUUUUCUGAAAGAACAACACAGUCACAAAAAAUUAAAAAAUAUUUUCCAAUUAAGAUAAAAAAAUAAAAAAUAAAAAUCUUAAAUGUUCUAUCCAAAAUUAAAAUAACUCUGGCUUCACCUGGUUGAAGUUCUGUCGAGAAAAAUCUCGUUUUGCUGUAGAUCAAUUCAAAAACGAGUCAAAAGAUUAACGCUACACUCUACUGACGUUAAGUCGAGCUGAAAGAGCGAAGCUUUUCUCAUUACUGAAUUUGUUUUGACUGCAGAUGCAUCUCUUGCUACAAAUGAUCAAGCGCACACUGAAGGAACACCAUGGUACUGCAUCUUAGGCAAUAAAAGUUUCCUUUCUUAAUAAAAAUGAUUUUGUUUUUUUGCAUCUAUAAACAUAUCUGUAAUAUAUUUGAAGAAGCUGAGACAGUGAGUACCUGUGACAUUUACGUUCCCCGCUGAACUCUGACCCCUCGCUGCCCGUCUUUAUUUACCCUGCGCCCCGAUUCAGCGGCAUGCAAAGGUCUCGCUGCCUACUGGGUGGAAGCGAUUCGCCUGAAACGUGGCCAUAAAUCCGACCCAACUGCCGGAGCUUUACGAGAAAUGUAGGAUUUAACGGCAAAGUAAGGAGGGAUCCGUCUUUUAUCUAAACUUCAGCACGCCGCACACUGUGAUGAGGCAGGCUGUGUUGGAAAUCACAGCAGAUUUAAGAGCAAUAAAGGCAUUAUCAUCAGAGCGAAAGCAGGAAUGGAGCCAUCUCAGAGUGCAGCAGUGGCUGAUUUGCUCAAUACACACACACACACACACCAACACACACAUAUCGUGUCAAGCCCUGUGGCGCAAACGUUAGGGCUCACAUUUUAUCUCUGCUAACAAAAAGCAGUUGAAUGUGCAGCGUUCAUGCCUUAUAAAGUGUUUUUAUUAAUAUACUUAUGAUAAUGAUGGGUAUGUAUCGUAACACUAACACACAUUCAAAGAUGAUGUUCUAUUUGCUCCUUUGCUCCAAAUUUUAUGAUCCCUUUAAAAAUGUUAGAAGUUGUUAGAGUCAUAAAAACAUGGCUUUUAUUAAAAGGAUAAUAACAUUCUGAUAUUCUGGUUUGUUAGUUCCAACACUGCAGGUACUCCAACUUGCACAUUAGAAUUAUUAAAUCCAAAUAACUGUAACUUGGAAACGAAGCUCCUUCCCGGCAAAUCACUUUAAAUUUUACGCACCGCAAAAUGAAUUUAGUUGUCAGUUUUCUAUUUUAUUUUAUUUACAAAAACAAAUCCGAAAAGUGUGAGACGCGUGUGUUUUCACACCGAGUCCGUGAUUUUAACACGUUCACUUCGGCGAAUUAACUGCAUACAUUUUAGCAUGUUACAUUCUUUUAAAUUACAAUUUAUCACAUUUUCGUUUCAAGUUUCAUUCCUAAAAGCUCCAGAGAGGAAAAUGUGGUUUAUGAACAUUUUGUAAGAGAGUAUGUCACCUUGCAGGAGAACAAACAAACGGAAAAAAAAAAAAAAACACAUUUUAAAGGUGAGCAAAAACAAAAAACAGUGUUUUAACAGACGGAGGAGUUGUCGGUAUUUCUCCUGCCAGGUUUAGAUGAAGUCAUCGUCAUGAUUCAGAGACUGAAACGGACGGAUCUAAGAAAAGCUCUCACAAGGUGACACCCACUGCAGCGUCUUUUAGCCGAAGCCAAAUCUUCUCAGAAGCUGUCAUAGAGGUGUGGAUGGCUGGAAUGAUUGCAGAUAAAAAAAAAAGAAAUUGUGUUGCUCGUUUUCUCUUUUUUUAAGUCCAACUCCACGCAGCUCCCUUCCCCCUCUCUAAGCUAUCUGCAUUCAGAGGCCGAUGGCGGGAUAGAGAGAGAGAUGGCAAGCGGAGUCGGGAGCGGGCCGGUGGGGGGAAUAAGCGUCGGCCUUCGGCUUUGAGUGGAAUCGAUUGCUUGUACAAGUGGAGGGAAAUGAGAAGGAUCUGACCACCCUCGGAUUGGCUGGAAUCACUCUCUGACAGAAUCGUAAUAGGAGUCCCACACGCGGUUCUCUCCGCAGGCGGGAGGGACUGCCUGCACGCCGGAGACACCUGCUCCAGCGAUGACACCUGCAGCCCUCGACUGCGUACCCUCAGGCAGUGCGUGGCGGGAGACGGCAGCAUGAAGCUGGGGCCCGGGGCGCGGAGCCAGUGCGAGAACGCCAUGACGGCGCUGCUGUCCACCCCUCUGCACGGCUGCCAGUGCAAGCGAGGGAUGAAGAGAGAGAAGAACUGCCUGAGCAUUUACUGGAGUCUUCACCAGUCGGUGCUGCACGGACUGAGUCUGGUGGAGAGCUACCCCUACGAGGCAGAGGAGAGAGGCUCCGACUACGUUCGUCUGGCUUCCAUCGCUGCAGAGUCUGAGGUAACGACAGUGAACCGCUGCCUGGAUGCCGCCAAGGCGUGCAACAUAGAUGAGACGUGUCAAAAGCUGCGCACGGAGUACGUCUCGGCCUGCAUCCAGCCGUCGGCCCGCUCGGGGCCAUGUAACCGACCGAAGUGCAACAAGGCGCUCAGGAAGUUCUUUGACCGCGUUCCCCCCGACUACACCCAUGAGUUGCUGUUCUGUCCCUGCACCGACACAGCCUGCGCCGAGCGCCGCAGGCAAACCAUUGUGCCGUCCUGCUCGUACGAAGAAAAGGACAAGCCCAACUGCCUGGCUCAGCUGCGAGACUGCAAGCAAGACUACGUGUGCAGGUCCCGCUGGGCACAGUUCCAGUAUGACUGCGAAGCGUCCGAGCACAGCGCCAGUGGCUGCAAGAGGGAGAAUCAUGGAUCAUGUCUACUCGCAUACACUGGCUUGAUAGGAAGCACGGUAACUCCCAACUACCUUGACAACUCCACUUCUAACGUGGGACCCUGGUGCUCCUGUGCAGCAAGUGGCAACCACAGGGAACAAUGCAAUGACUUCUUGGCCUUUUUCCAUGACAACAUUUGUCUGAAAAACGCCAUCUUAGCAUUCGGGAAUGGAUCUGACGUGAAAACGGGUGCCAGUCAGCCUGGGAUGUCAAGUCCGGCGACGGACAGCCACAGUCCGCACUUGGCAACCACCGCCCCGGGCGUCUCCAUGGAAACAGAGCAGAACGUUCUGCGAGCACAGAUACCUACUCAGGUAAAUGGGAAUGACAGACUGUGGGGCGACGAGGGAGACUCCACUCUUCCCUCUCCGGGCCUUUUGGAUCAUGGCCCUGAGCCCGUUCAUCUCUCCAUGCUGCUCAUCCUGGGCUGGCCCAUCCUGGUGCUGCUCUCCCAGCCAUAGGAGGCGUUCCUUUAAUGACCUUUAUGGACUGCGCUGUUCGGAGCCGACAGGGAGGAGGGUUGGGGUGCGAGAGAGAAAUGGCCACUCCCGAGUGUCCGAUGACGGUGUGGGGGAAGAAGAGUGAGCUCUGUCCUGCCCCACUCCCCUCUCCCUGUCACACACCGGAAACCCACCUAAUCUUUUUGUGAAUCAUGACUCAAGAGUGGAUGUGUUGUGAAGGAUGCGUCAUGGACAGAACCACAGGAGAGGGUGUCACCACUGCACCACAGCGUUGGGGAGGGGAAAAAAAGAAAGUUUCACGCAUCAUUCCCUGCUGCACACCAGCCCAACUUUUACGGGAAAAAAAAAAAAAAAACACACACUUCUCUCAGCUGCAUAUCUGCAGAGGCCAACAAGUUCAGAAAGUGUACAGUGAAGAGACACUGAGGAUGCAGUGACCGAACACAUUACAAAAUAUAAAUAUAUAUAUAAAUUAAAACGAAUACAUGAUUUUCUUUGUUCUUGAACAUUCCUUGAUGUAAAAAAGAAAGCAUUCAAUGUAAGAGACUCUUCUCUCAGACGACGUCUUACACGAGAUUUAGGUGGAACGUGUGUGUUUGUCCACAGGCAGCGCUCCGCCCGUUUAGCUUCGCUCCUUAUUUUUGAUGCCACAUAUUUUGUUUUAAAGAGCUGUUACCAGAGAUGUUAGCUAGAAGCACAUGUCAUAACCCGAGUCAAACCACAGUGAGAUUAUUUGACUGUCCGUGGUUGUGUUUUGAGUUGAAGGUCGAAGAGUUCAGUUCCAAGAACAAUGAAAAUGUUUACCUAAAAUUAUGCUAACGUUAAACAAAAUUAAGAUCCGUUUGUAUUUAAUACUGUUAAUUGAGGACCAACUGUGUUGUUUUUUUUUUUAAAGAGCCUUAUUCAAAGUCUUAAGACUGGGAAGGAAACUGCAAGUUAUGACAUUUUGUUCUGAUGGAUCAGGACCAGGCUGCAAGUUGUGGUUAAAAGCUUUGAAAAGAACUAACAGGAGUGAAACACGAAAUAGAGAAGGCAAAUUACUCUACACUACAUUUAAAGUAAGAUUUCUCAUCAAUUGAUCAAAAGGGUAAAACUGUUGUCUUAUGAAGCGUCGAUCUGCAUCUGAAUCUGGUUCCACAAUAUGUUCUGUCAGGCAUUCACAUGGUCCAUUCUUUAAAUGGAGAUCGUUGGUCAGAAUUGCUAAGAUGAACAAGCAGUACAUCUUGAAUUUCUUAAUGAAAUAUAAUAAUCAAGGGACAUAAACUGUAAGUAAGGCUGAAUGGGGGGGGGAGGGAAAGUACUCGUUCUGAGCCAAAGGAUCCAUUAGAAUGUCCACAAAAACCCAAGCGGUUUCUCAACACAGCUUUAGGUCCGAUGGUUGGACCUAAAGCUGUCCACAGAUGGCGACAGCUCCACUACUGCCAUCAGACAAAGUACGUCUCUAAGGAGUACAGCGUCCAUCUUGGACCAUCCAACACGUUCCUCUGGUCUAAAUCCCAUUAAGAAGAUUUGGGGAAGGUAAAGCAGAUUUACAAAAAGGAAUGUCGAUUCCAGAACAAUAAUUGGUUGCCUUUGUGAAGCGACCUUCGACACAUGGAGCAAUUUACUGGAAAACAUAUUAAGCAUGACAAAUAUAAGCAAUUAAUUACUAGGAGCUGCGGAGUUACUUGCUGUUUAGAAUGUUGACGCAAAGUUCUGUUUGGGUUUUUUUGAGCUUAUGGAUUUAAACUUUUAAUCUUAAUGCAGUUAUUUGAUUUGUCUAUUUAAUCUUGCUCCUGUUUCUUCUGUUCAACUUUCAACCUGGUAAUGGUCCACCUGGAUAAAUGUGAAUACUUAGAACUUUUUUUUUUUAGGUUUUGGAUUAAGAGUGUAUGAAAAGAUGCCCCCUUAUGUAAAUUUUGUAAUACCUGGAAGGGAACUCUGCACACAUUCAUUCAUUCAUUGAGCUUUAAAUGUGAGGACUUUCAGACUCUUACUUUUCUGAUAUAUAUAUAUAAAGAUAUAUAUAUAUAUAUAAAAAAAUACAAUCAAGUAAUUUUUUCCUGUCAAGCAGUAAGAGAUUGAGACAAGUUUAUAUUUUAUAAGUGUAUGUGGACUUUGUCACAAAGACAACAGAUAUCUAUAAAAAGAGUUUGCGAGCCAUUUUGCUAUGGAAACAGUGGUACACAGAUGGGGGGGGGCUCCAGGUGAAGACGCCCCCGCUGUCCAUGAAAUGAAAGCAGUGACCCGCGUCACCCGCCGCUCCCCUCUAGAGUCUUCGCUCAACAUGGGACAUCAAAAAAUAUUUUACCGUACGAUAAAAAGACACAAAUCUGCUUUUUGGAGUGGACAUUUCCGUCAAGCGUCCUGAGUGGGAGUUCUUGGGCAAACCUUCCACUCUGCCAUCGAAUUCAGUGUAAUACUGUGAAUUGUCAAAUGAUGUUAGCAAAAGGCUGAAAAUGGCUGCCGUUAGACCUGGUCGAGCUCAAGCUGAGAAAACCAAACUGUUCGUUCCUGAUGACGUCACAACAGCACAAAACGUUUUUGUUCUAACGAGUUCUACGAGAUGUGAUGCUCUGUGUCGCCCAUGUUUUCGUUUCCUUUUUUCUAAACCAGACCAGAAAUGUGUUUUGCAAAAAGAAUUAAAGAAAUUCAA